CCGUUGGCGUAAUAUAACAGCCAAUCGAUUUUUGCUAUAAAAGCAAAUCAGGUAAACUAAACUUCUUCAUUCUUUUCUUCCCCAUCGCUACAAAACCGGUUCCUUUGGAAAAGAGAUUCAUUCAAACCUAGCACCCAAUUCCGUUUCAAGAUGCAAAUCUUCGUUAAGACCCUCACUGGCAAGACCAUCACUCUCGAAGUUGAGAGUUCAGAUACCAUAGACAAUGUUAAGGCAAAAAUUCAAGACAAGGAAGGAAUCCCACCAGACCAGCAGCGACUGAUUUUUGCUGGCAAGCAGCUGGAGGAUGGGCGUACCCUUGCUGAUUAUAACAUCCAAAAGGAAUCCACUCUCCAUUUGGUGCUCCGUCUCCGUGGUGGUAUGCAAAUAUUUGUGAAGACUCUCACUGGAAAGACGAUUACCCUUGAGGUGGAGAGCUCUGAUACCAUUGACAAUGUUAAGGCCAAGAUACAAGACAAAGAGGGUAUCCCACCAGACCAGCAGAGGCUCAUCUUUGCUGGAAAACAGCUUGAAGAUGGCAGAACCUUGGCUGAUUACAACAUCCAGAAGGAGUCAACUCUCCAUCUUGUGUUGCGACUUCGCGGUGGUAUGCAGAUUUUUGUUAAGACCCUUACAGGAAAGACUAUUACUUUGGAGGUAGAGAGCUCGGACACAAUUGACAAUGUGAAGGCCAAGAUACAAGACAAGGAGGGUAUCCCCCCAGACCAGCAAAGGUUGAUUUUUGCUGGAAAGCAACUUGAAGAUGGUCGAACUCUAGCUGAUUAUAACAUCCAGAAAGAGUCGACUCUUCAUCUUGUCUUGCGACUUCGUGGUGGUAUGCAGAUUUUUGUUAAGACCCUAACUGGAAAAACGAUUACUUUGGAGGUGGAGAGCUCAGACACAAUUGACAAUGUAAAGGCUAAGAUUCAGGACAAGGAAGGCAUUCCCCCAGACCAGCAAAGGUUGAUUUUUGCUGGAAAGCAGCUUGAAGAUGGCAGAACCUUGGCAGAUUAUAACAUCCAGAAAGAAUCCACUCUUCAUCUUGUCCUUCGUUUGAGGGGAGGCAUGCAGAUCUUUGUGAAGACUUUGACAGGAAAGACCAUUACAUUGGAGGUGGAAAGCUCAGACACCAUCGAUAAUGUUAAGGCAAAAAUACAGGAUAAGGAGGGAAUUCCACCUGAUCAGCAGAGGUUGAUCUUUGCUGGGAAGCAGCUUGAAGAUGGCCGGACUUUGGCUGAUUACAACAUUCAGAAAGAGUCCACCCUUCACCUUGUCCUUCGUCUGAGGGGAGGCAUGCAGAUCUUUGUGAAGACGUUGACCGGUAAGACCAUCACCUUAGAGGUAGAAAGUUCAGACACAAUUGAUAAUGUGAAGGCAAAAAUCCAGGACAAGGAAGGAAUCCCACCAGAUCAGCAGAGGUUGAUCUUUGCUGGGAAGCAGCUUGAAGAUGGCCGGACUUUGGCUGAUUACAACAUUCAGAAAGAGUCCACCCUUCACCUUGUCCUUCGUCUGAGGGGAGGUAUGCAGAUCUUUGUAAAGACGUUGACCGGUAAGACCAUCACCUUAGAGGUAGAAAGUUCAGACACAAUUGAUAAUGUGAAGGCAAAAAUCCAGGACAAGGAAGGAAUCCCACCAGAUCAGCAGAGGUUGAUCUUUGCUGGGAAGCAAUUGGAGGAUGGAAGGACCCUUGCUGACUACAACAUUCAGAAGGAGUCUACUCUUCACCUUGUUUUGCGUCUUCGUGGUGGAUUUUAAGUAUUUAGGUUUGUGUAGUUGUCUUUUAUUGUGUGUUGAAUCCUAAGCAGGUUUAUGGUUUUCCAAUUUCAGAACUUGUUGCAUGGGUCUUGAUAAUGGCCCUUAUCUUUAGUUUGUUGUGGUACUCGUAUCUGUUCUCUUUCUCUUUGUUAAACUUAAUGAAUAUGAACUAAUUGCUGUCAUUCAGAGAUUAAGUACUCUUUUGUUUUUAAU